GUGUCCCGGAGCGGGUCACCCGCAUCUUCUUUUGCUCCAGCGCAAACACCUGCACCAGAUCCGACUUUUCUCUUCACCCACGCGCUCGUGUUAAGUUUAUCCAGCUCCACGAAAGUUUAGGGGAAAAAAAAGAAAAGAAAAGUGAUUCUCGGCCCCGCGGUAAUCGGAGGGAGAGGGUUAUCGCGAGAUGAGCAGUCCCGAUGCGGGCUACGCCAGCGACGAUCCGAGCCAGGCCCGCGGGACCAGCUCAGCCAUGAUGGCCGGCGCGGCUCAGUGCGCGUGGCCGGAGCCGCUCAGCCCGAGAGCGCAUGCCAAAGCCAAGAGCGAAGCGUGCGCGGCGGCGCGCGGAAAAGGCGAAGCGCGCAUCCGCCGGCCGAUGAACGCCUUCAUGGUGUGGGCUAAAGACGAGCGUAAGAGACUGGCACAGCAAAACCCAGACCUGCACAACGCCGAGCUCAGCAAAAUGCUCGGUAAGUCAUGGAAAGCUCUGUCCAUGUUGGAUAAGCGACCAUUUGUGGAGGAGGCAGAACGACUGCGUGUGCAACACAUGCAGGAUCAUCCAAACUAUAAGUACCGGCCUCGUCGCCGCAAACAGGUGAAGAGAAUCAAGCGCCUGGAAUCUGGAUUCCUGAUGCCUGGGGCAAGUGAGGCGCAGGGUGCUCUCAGUAUGGAGAACAUUGAGGUGGGCUACUCCCUUACCACUGGGGGUUUGCCUCAGGCUGGUUUCUCUCAGUACUGCGAUGCCCAGGGCUUGUUUGAACACUACAGUAUUCCAACUCCUGACUCCUCCCCAAUGGAUGCGAUGGGAACAGAGAGUGUUUUCUUUUCUGGCCAUUCUCAGGAUGACAGCUCUCACAUGGCAUAUAGCUACAAUCACCAACAAGAGUACGCACCGCUAGGGCACCAGCACCCUCUCAUUAGUACACAAGCUCAAGGCAGAGUACGAAAUGAUAUACACCCGCAUGCCACGACACACUCACAGGUCCACACGCACUCCACCUCCAACUUACAUUUAGUACACACUCACAGUAACACACAAGUUAAUCUGAUGAGCAGUUCACACCCUCAGGAACUCGGUCAUGCAAAUGGCAGCACACACCACAAUAUCAGCCACAAUAUCAAUUCUCACCAUGCGCAUUCAAUAUCCCUUUUUAACCGAAGUCUGUCGCCUGGCUCCAAUCAGGCCCCACCCCCUGCGUACCUGGGUUGCCCAUCUACUCUGGGUGUUUUUUACAACUCUGGAUCUCAGGUAAAACGCACGCUUGAGCAGCAGUCACCUCCACAAGAAGGACCCACGCAUUCUCACGCUACUUCUGAUCAACACACCCAUACACAUGCAGAGACGUGCCGGCAUGGUCCUGAGAUGCUAAAUGAAAUGGCUUGUGGGGAAUUUGAGCAGUACCUGUCAUAUGGGCUGCCUCAUGCACCCAUGCAGGGGUCUGACCUCAUCUCUACUGUACUGUCUGAUGCUAGCACUGCUGUUUACUACUCUAACUAUAACAACACCUGAAGCUCCUAAAUGACAGCAAACACUCCUGAGCCACCAAUAAUGACUGCUGUAUGACUUCACACUGUCUGAACACACUGGUGCAACAUCUUGCAGAGACACUCACACAUAUAUAUAUAUAUAUAUUUGUAGAACAUAAUGAAGGGACUUAUGAACUUAGAAAUGUUUAGAAUUGUAUGGAUUGUAGAAAUUCACUGAAACAUGCUUAAAACAUGUUAAAAUGUUUUAAAGAAGAUAGUAAUGCUGAAAAGCACUGUAUAUAAGUCAUUUUUAUAAAAUAAAUUGUCAUUAAU